AUGGCCCUUCCAUUCCGUCCGUAUUUCUCUGCUCUUCCUAUUGCAAGUGUUAAAAGUAAUUUUUUUCUUUCUUUCUUUCUUCUAUUACAUUUUAUUUUUUCAUUUUUCUUUCAUUUUUCUUUCUUUCAUUUUCUUUCUUUCAUUUUCUUUCUUUUUCUGCUGCAUCUUCAUUUAUUCUUUCUACGUUUGCAUUUUCUUUCUUUUGCAUUUUCUUUCUUUGUCUUGCAUUUUUAUCUAUCUAUCUACAUUUCCAUUGCAGAAUUUUUGUUUUUGUUUUCUGUUCUUGCUUUUCUUUUUCUUAAAUCUUUUCUUUCUUUGGCAAAUCUUUUUUCUCACUUCUUCUUUUUUUCUAGUGUACCUUUUGUUUCUUUCUUUCUCUAUUUUUUUCUUUUUUUUUUUAUUAAGCUUCUUUGCGCCUUUCUUCUCCUAUUCUUCUAUCUUCUUUUUUUUUGUCACAUUUUCUCUCUCUCUCUCUCUCUCUCUCUCUCUCUCUCUCUCUCUAUUAUAAAUGUUUGUUUACUUUUUCUACCGAUUUUCUCAUUCUUUUUUUCUUUCUUUCUCUUUCUAUCAUUUCUUUUUUCUUUUUGUUUCUUUCUUUCUUCUUUUUUAUCUUUCUUUCAUUUCUUUUUAUCUUUCCAUUGUCCUAUCUUUCUUUCUUCUAAUCUUUCUUUCUUUUCUUUCUCCUAUCUUUCUUUCUUUCUUUUCUUUCUUUCUUUCUUUUCUGCUUCCUAUCUUUCUUUCUUUCUUUUCUUUCUCCUAUCUUUUCUUCUUUCUUUUCUUUCUCCUAUCUUUUCUUCUUUCUUUUCUUUCUCCUAUCUUUUCUUCUUUCUUUUCUUUCUCCUAUCUUUUCUUUCUUUUCUUUCUCCUAUCUUUUCUUUCUUUUCUUUCUCCUAUCUUUUCUUCUUUCUUUUCUUUCUCCUAUCUUUUCUUUCUUUUCUUUCUCCUAUCUUUUCUUUCUUUUCUUUCUCCUAUCUUUUCUUUCUUUUCUUUCUCCUAUCUUUUCUUUCAUUUCUUUCUCCUAUCUUUUCUUCUUUCUUUUCUUUCUUCUUCUUUCUUUUCUUUCAUUUCUUUCUCCUAUCUUUUCUUCUUUCUUUUCUUUCUUCUUCUUUCUUUUCUUUCUUUUCUUUUUCUUUUCUUUCUUUUCUUUUUCUUUUCUUUCUUUUUCUUUUCUUCUUUUUCUUUUCUUCUUUUUCUUUUUUUCUUUCCUCUUUCUUUCUUUUCUUUCUUUUCUUUCUUUUUUCUUCCUUUUAUUUCGCAGCUCAUUUUUCUCUUCUAUACAUUUUUGUCUUUCUUGCGCAAAGCUUUUACUUAUUUUACAUUAUCUUUCUUACUUACAUUUUUUGUCUUUCCUUUUCUUCAUUUUUUUCUCUUUUCUCCUGA